UAGAGCGGCGGAAAUGGUGAAGUUUCUGAAGCCAAACAAGGCCGUCGUGAUUCUCCAGGGGCGCUACGCCGGCCGCAAGGCGGUUAUCGUCCGCUCAUUCGACGACGGAACCCGCGACCGCCCCUACGGCCACUGCCUGGUCGCAGGCCUCUCCAAGUACCCCCGCAAGGUCAUCCGCAAGGACUCCGCGAAGAAGCAGGCGAAGAAAUCUCGCGUGAAAUGCUUCAUCAAGCUCGUCAAUUACAACCACAUCAUGCCCACGCGUUACACGCUCGACGUGGAUCUGAAGGACGUCGUCACCGCCGAUUGCCUCCAGUCCAAGGAUAAGAAGGUCACGGCCGCAAAGGAGACCAAAUCGCGCUUCGAGGAGCGGUUCAAGACAGGGAAAAACCGCUGGUUCUUCACCAAACUCAGGUUCUAAGUGUUUAUCCGUGUUUUGGUAGGGAUUAACCGAUUCUGCAGCUUCUUAAUCUGUGAUUUUGCGAGGAGAUUUUUGUUCUGUUUUUUUCUCUCAACUUGAAUGUCAAUCUGGUUUAAUGUAUGAUGCGUUGAACUUCUUAUGUUUUUUUCCUUAGAUGCAAUGCUUAUUUUGGUGAAUUUUGCUGUCAA